AUGGCGGGAAGGAUUGAGAGAUAUACAGAUCAUGACGGUAAUAGUAGUGAUGGAAGUGACUUUCAAGCCAAAGCCUCCUCUCUACUCAAUUCUCGUAAAUUCGACUUAAACGAAGAAGCAACAGGCACCGAAGAAGCCGAUUCCAGCAUCAAUAAUGGUGUUCUACAUGAUGAGGAUCUUAAGGAGAAAAAUGUGGAAGAGAAAGUAUUAUACAGUGGUACUAAGAGUACUAGUUCAGUGAGGCCGUACGUCCGAUCAAAGAUGCCGCGGCUUCGCUGGACUCCUGAUCUCCAUCUAGCCUUUGUUCAUGCCGUUGAAAGGCUCGGCGGACAAGAAAGAGCAACACCAAAGUUAGUUCAACAGCUGAUGGAUGUGAAAGGGCUUAGCAUUGCUCAUGUAAAGAGUCAUUUGCAGAUGUAUCGAAGUAAGAAGCUUGAUGAAUCUGGACAAGGAAACUUUGCAAUGGAAUGCCGAAGCCACUUUUUCCCACCAACAUUAUCCAAACAUCCAUGUGACUCCAAUGCCAAUCCUUCAAGAUACCAUCCUCCAUGGUCAUCAAGUCCUCUAUGGAGCAAAGGUUUUGGUAUAGACAAAGGCGACCACGUAAUUGACACAGUAAAUAUCCUCCAAAAGGGGAUCAACAAAAGAACAAGCUCACAAAUAUUUGAUUUAAGGGACGCAAUUAUAACAAGAACGGUACCACCACUUAGACCCAGCCAAUUUCUUGAGGAGAAGAAGUGGCCUCCUCGAGAGAAUAUCAUUGGAAAUCAUAGGAUCACAAGCAGAAGAACUUCUCAGCUCAUGAAUUUUUCACGUGGCCAUAACAAUGUUAAUGCACAUGAUCAUGUUGACAUGUUUGCACAAACCAAGGCCAAUAUUACCAGUACCAAUUACCCUUUUCAGCUCAAUACAUGUACCGAUCCAUUUUUGGCAUCCUUGUCUCAACUUGAGGUUCACGGGAUAAGAGCAAAGCAGUGCACAAACAGCGAAGUAAAGCAUGAAGCACAAGAGAGUUUGAAGGAAAAGAAAUGGCUUCCAGAUUUACAGCUAAGUUUGGGUCACAUUAAUUGUGACGGUGUCACAGAGAUAAAUGAUAGUCAAGAAAACAAAGCUGCAGAAACUGAGACAAUGCUUUCUCUGUCUUUGUCUACAACAUCAUCAAGACAACAAGAUGUAGAAUGUUGUAGUGAUAAACGUCGUAAAGAGACUAAUAUGUCGUCCCAAAAUGAAAAAUGGGAUUUUCAUACGAUUAAAGUUAGUUGCAGUGGUAGUGGGGGGGCCACAUAUCGGCCAAGUACUUUAGGAUCUGGUGACCAUGGUAAUUAG